AUGCAGCCGUCUUUGCAACAGGUCGGUCUGCAUUCAAACCAGAGGCUUGACGACAUCGCUUUCGUCCCCUACUGGGCCCGCUGCCAAGUUCAAUACGCUCAAAACCUCCUAGACUAUUCUCCGGAGCCAAUCGAAUACGACUAUCACGACGACGACGGUUGGGAGACCUGCUUUUUCUUCCCCGAGGAUUGCACACGUGCCCCUGCGUCAUAUCCCUCAGACGCCUCUGAGAUCGAGACCGACGCCGACACCGACCUGAGCGUUAAGUCUGAUUUGAGCGAUGCCGAUGCCAAUUCGGACGACAACAUGACACCAUCACUCCCAGAUAUUAAGAUGAUCGACACGGAGGCCCUCAGCGAUCUGCUAGAGGAUAACCUCGCGCCUCCACAAAUCACCUCAAUACUAAUAUUUGCUACCAAUGGCGCCAUUUUCGCUUAUGCAUCGAAAUUGUCAACCCGCCAGCUACGCAACUUGAGCGCGACAUACGGUGCAGCAUAUACAUCGUUUGCCAGAACGGCCUCGACAGGGAACUUGACCGGGGUGAAGCAUGCUAGUCACCCGUCGUCAUUCGUUACCGCACCGUCAAUAUCCCUGGGCGAUGUUGGGUCGAUUGUCUUCGAGCAUGAGAACCAGGUGGCGGUGGUUACGAGGAUUGCCGAUAAGGUGCUUCUCGCUGCAGUGGGGCCAGAGAAACUACCACAAGCAGUCGAAGAGAGUAAGAGUGCGGCUGGUCCUGGCGCUGAAAUAGAUUCCAAUGUCGAGUCUGCUGAGUCGGCGCCGGCAGGAGAGGAAGCUUCGUCGUCGCAGCAGCAGCAACAACAACAACAUGUAGAAUCACCAUCACCUUCAUCAUCACUCAAAGCCGAGUCUCAACAACAAAACGGGAACAGUCUACUGGCGACACAAUACCAAAUUGACCGAGACAAUGAUCUCGCACGUCUUGCAGCAUUAAACCUCAGUUCGUCGCCAGAAAUACUGUUAGCGCUGGAAUCGAAGUCUGCUGCUCUAGGACGGUUUCUGCGACAGAAACUGCAGGACCUUGAAAGUCCGGAGGAUUUUUGA